AUGUUGGUCUCCUUGACCGUGGGCAAGGUGGACGCCGGUGUCGCCGUCCUCCUGACCCAAGAUAACCGACUCAUCGAAUUCCCCUCUGUCCUCCUCCCCAGCAACAUCACCUCCGGCAGCAUCGUCGACAUCACCGUCGCGCGCAACCAUGCCGCAGAAGUGGCCAAUGCGACUGCCUUCCAGAGCCUUCAGAAGCGCAUUCUCAACACAUACGGAGUGAAGACGCCUUCCCCUCCAAUUCUGCGACUGCGCAACGCCACGCAGACCUCCCUGGUGCUGGAGUGGGACCCCGUCGAUCUGGCCACGGCCUCGCUCAAGUCGCUCUCGCUGUACCGCAAUGGCUCCAAGGCCGGGUCGAUCCCCCGUCCCCUGGAGACGCGCAGCACCAAGAUCAGCGGCCUGGCCAUCCACACCGAGUACUCGUUCCACCUGGUGCUCCGCACGACCGCCGGCACCUACCAGUCGGAGAAGUUGACCUGCCGCACCCACAAGAUGACCGACCUGUCCGGCAUCACGGUUACGGCGGGCGUGCUGCCGCCGCCGCAGAAGGAGGCGCUGGCGUCCGCCCUGGACCGCAUCGGCGGCCGGCUCAUCGACUCGGUGCGCAUCGACACCACCCACUUCGUCUGCACCGAGGGUCGCGGCCCCCUGUGGGAGAAGGCCGUCGAGAUGAACAUCCCCGUCGUGGUCCCCGAAUGGGUCGACGCCUGCGAGUCCGAGGGCACCAUCGUCAGCGUCCGCGGCUACUACCUCAACGCCGACCCCAAGACCCGCCAGCUGGGUCCCAUCCAGGGCUCCACCCAGCACCAGCGCACCAUCUCGUCCGCCACCUCCGCUCACCGUCACACGCCGUCGUCCCCCUCCGUCCAGCCACCUCUGUCGAGCGACGGGCGGCGGCCAACCCUGUCCCAGGAUCGGACACGACAGGAAAGCAACACUCCCGGCGACCCGCCCAUCACCCCGUUCCCCGGCCAGCACAUGAGCGGCCAACCCACUGCCGAAGAGAGCGAGGUGGCCUCCGCCGACGAAGACGACGAAUCCCCGCCGCCCCCGCCCCCCAAGGACGAAACCGCCCCGGAGCAAAACGGAUACGCCCAGCCUGUAGACCAGAAAGAAACCAACGGCCAUCCGGAGGAGGAAGCGAAAGAGGAAGAGGAAGGAAAAGAACAGGAGGAAGAGAAGGAGCAGGAGGAAGAGGAAGCUGAAGAGAAAGAGAAAGAGACAGAAAAAGAGGAAGAAACCAAAGCGCCUGAACCAGCAAAAGCAAAGAAAGUAGAAGACCCAUCCGCGGAGGACUCCUCCUCAGGCAGCGACGGAAAGAAGUCGGAUUUCAACGAAGUCCCUCUAUAA